AUGAAUCCCAGUGGGGAGAAGAAGUGGCCCCCGAAGGCGAAGAACCGUACAGAGAGGUUCGGGUUUGGUUUGAUGGGACACGGGUUCACGGCCACGCACCUCGCGGAGAUGAUGUGCCGCCAUGCGAGACACGUUUACGGAAAAUACUCUAGAGAAGACAAGAAAUCCAAGAAAGUGUGGAGGAGAUUGGCCCGAAUAUUCACGGAGUUCGAUGACGUGGUGAACGGCUACGCUGUUGUAGUAGCCACGCACGAAGACUAUCAGAACUACAAUCUUAGAGUAGCAGCAUUUGGCGCUAAUAUUAGGCUAAUGAUACACAGUACCUGCAGAUUCCUGCAAAAUGCUAUGGAAAGGCCUACUGUCGUUGACGCGGUUAACGUUAUGGCUAGCAUGCAAUUCCUCGACGCAUUGGAAUCAGAACUAAUUGACAACAGGAUUAUAAGCAGAUUGCAUGAUAGAAUGGUCGCGUAA